GCGGGCGCUCGGCGGGGGGAGGCCGAGGGAUGGGGGGGCGCGCCGUCGAGGGCCUCGACCCGUAGCAGUCCCGCAGCCCGGCCGGAGCCCCCUCGCCCUUCGCAGGCGUCGCCGCCAACACGCCCCCUGCCAGCCUCUCCAACUGAUGCGCCCAUCGAGAAGCAGCAGCGUUUGGAAGCAGCCAAGAAAUGUGAUGAGAAGCUGCCUGGCAUGAACUUGUUGCUCUCUCCAACAGCCAGAAGAAGCUGCAGUUUGGAGCGAGCGUGAACCAUGUUUGUCUACGGGUGACCUCCAGGCUCUUCUGCAAAACACACCCGCCUGGAGGCCAAAAUGUUCAGCGCAGCCCAAUCAUCCAAGGCCGAGUUCCUGGACAAGGCCCGGCAGGCCCGGGAGGAGCGCCGGGAGCAGAAGGAACGUGAGCAGGCUGCGGUGCGGAUCCAGGCCCUCGUCCGAAGGUUUCUGUGCCGCUGUCGGCUGCAGCGGAAAAUCAGGAGCGAAGUGGAUAACUUCUUUCACACCAGCGGUCCUGCCAAGAAGACAGCCCUUUUGCUUUUUAAAAUCUCCCGAAAGCUGCUCUUUAUUAUCAGACUCCCUCAGGACAAAGAGAGAUUUGAAAAGCUGUGCCGCUGCAUCCUUAGCAGCAUGGAGGCGGAAAACGAUCCUAAGGUGUGGUACGUAUCCCUUGCACUCUCCAAGGAGCUGACUCUCUUAUGGAUCCAGCAAGUGAAGGAUGUGCUGUGGAUUUGCUGUGAAUUUCUGAAGCUGCUCAAGCCAGACAUCUUGCAAGAUUCAAAACUGGUAAAUUUGCACCUCACAAUGCUGGUGACUUUUACGGACACCUCUACCUGGAAAAUCCUGCAGGGAAAAGGAGAAGCCCUGCGCCAUGCUAUGAAUCACAUCUGUGCAAAUAUCAUGGGCCACCUCAACCAGAAGGGGUUCUACUCGGUGCUUCAGAUUUUGCUGACAAACGGCUUGGCAAGGUCUCAACCUUCCUUCUCCAAAGGCACCUUAACAGCAGCUUUUUCUCUUGCCCUGCGCCCGGUGGUUGCGGCUCAGUUUUCCGACAAUCUCUUGCGAUCCUUCUUGAUCCACAUCAUGUCCGUGCCAGCCAUCAUGAGCCAUCUUGCAACACUUACCCCGGAGCGCCUGGCAGUGAUGGAGUCUCAGGAUCUCCUGCGCAAGUUCCUGCUGUUUUUGAGCCGGGAAGAACAAUGCAGAGAUGUCUGCGUGUGUCUGGAAGGAAGCCACACGCUCUGCCUUCUGGGCAACCUCAUCUACUUGGGUUCGCUGAAUGAGAAGGUGCUGCAGGAGGAGACGAGCCCCUUUGUCAGCGUCCUGACCCACAUGCUCUGCUACUGCCAGAAGUACGUCUCGCAGAAGAAGUCCAACCUCACCCACUGGCACCCGGUCCUUGGCUGGUUCUCCCAGACGGUGGAUUAUGGCUUGAACGAGUCAAUGCCGUUGCUCACCAAGCAGCUUCAGCACCUCUGGGGGGCCCACAUGAUCCGCAUCCUCUUCAGCGACGUGCUCAGCAAAAAACUCCUGGAGAGCCAAGAUGCUGCUCGCCAGCUCCCACCAGCCCCCUCCCCGCAGAACAGCCUGCCCGUGAAGAGCCUCUUCAGGCGCGCCUUCCAGAAAUCGACCUCCGUUCGCAACAUCCUUAAGCCCAUUGGCGGCAAAAGGGUGGACUCGGCAGAGGUGCAGAAGGUGUGCAGCAUCUGCGUCCUGUACCAGAUGGCGCUGACCACCCUAACGCAGAUUCGGCUGCAGAUCCUCACAGGCCUCACUUACCUGGACGACCUCUUGCCCAAGCUCUGGGCCCUCAUCUGUGAGCUGGGCCCCCAGGGGGGGCUGAAGGUCUUCCUGGAGUGUUUGAACAACCACACCGAGGAGUCCAAGCGGCUGCUGGCAAUGCUGAUGCUCUUCUGCGACUGCUCACGCCACCUCAUCACGAUACUGGACGACAUUGAAGUCUACGAAGAGCAGAUCUCCUUCAAGCUGGAAGAGCUGGUUACGAUCUCCUCUUUCCUGAACUCCUUUGUCUUUAAGAUGAUCUGGGAUGGGAUUCUGGAGAAUGCUAAGGGGGAAACCCUGGAGCUCUUCCACUCAGUCCACAGCUGGCUGAUGGUCCUCUACGAGAGAGACUGCCGGCGGCGCUUUGCUCCGGAGGACCACUGGCUGCGCAAGGACCUCAAGCCCAACUUGCUGUUCCAGGAGCUCGACAAAGAUCGGAAACGAGCCCAGCUGGUCCUGCAGUACAUCCCCCAUGUCGUCCCCCACAAAAAUCGGGUUCUUCUCUUCCGGAAUAUGGUCACCAAAGAGAAAGAGCAGCUGGGCUUGGUGGAGACCAGCUCUGCAUCGCCUCACGUCACCCACAUCACCAUCCGUCGGUCCCGCAUGCUGGAGGAUGGCUACGAGCAGCUGCGCCAGCUCUCUCAGAACGCCAUGAAGGGCGUCAUCCGGGUGAAGUUUGUGAACGAUCUGGGCAUGGAUGAAGCGGGCAUCGACCAGGAUGGCGUCUUCAAGGAGUUCUUGGAGGAGAUCAUCAAGAAGGUCUUUGACCCGGCCCUCAACCUCUUCAAGACCACCAGCGGGGACGAGAGGCUGUACCCCUCCCCCACCGCUUACAUCCACGAGAACUUCCUACAGCUCUUUGAGUUUGUUGGGAAGAUGCUGGGAAAGGCCGUUUAUGAGGGAAUUGUGGUGGACGUCCCCUUUGCCUCGUUCUUCCUGAGCCAGUUGCUCGGCCAUCAUCACAGCAUCUUCUACAGUUCGGUGGACGAACUUCCCUCGUUGGAUUCCGAGUUCUAUAAGAACCUGACCUCCAUCAAGCGCUACGAAGGAGAUACCAGUGAUCUGGGCCUCACCCUCUCCUACGAUGAAGAUGUGAUGGGCCAGCUUGUGUGCCACGAACUCAUUCCAGGGGGAAAGACCAUCCCCGUGACCAAUGAGAACAAGAUCAGCUACAUCCACCUGAUGGCCCACUUCCGCAUGCACACCCAGAUCAAGAACCAGACGGCCGCCUUCAUCGGUGGCUUCCGGUCCAUAAUCAAGCCCGAGUGGAUCCGGGUCUUCUCUGCACCCGAGUUGCAGCGGUUGAUAUCUGGAGACAAUGCUGAGAUCGACCUGGAGGACUUGAAGAAACACACUGUCUACUACGGGGGCUUCCAUGGCAGCCACAGGGUCAUCAUCUGGCUCUGGGACAUCCUUGCCAACGAUUUCAGCCCCGAGGAAAGAGCCAUGUUUCUCAAGUUUGUUACCAGUUGCUCCCGGCCGCCACUGCUGGGCUUCGUCUACCUCAAGCCUCCCUUCUCCAUCCGGUGCGUGGAAGUGUCGGAUGACCAGGACACGGGGGACACCCUGGGCAGCGUUCUGCGGGGGUUCUUCACCAUCCGGAAGAAGGAGCCGGGGGGGCGCCUGCCCACCUCCUCCACCUGCUUCAAUCUCCUGAAGCUGCCCAACUACAGCAAGAAGAGCGUUCUGAGGGAGAAGCUGCGCUACGCCAUCAGCAUGAACACGGGCUUUGAGCUCUCAUAGCAGCCCUGGCAGGAGAGAAGGGCCCAGGGGCCAGUUGGCCAGACAAGCAGCGCCUUCCCGGAGCCUUGGCGAGCAAGGUGGGCCCGAAGCCCUUGGGACUCAGGUGCCCAGGUAGAAAAGGAGCUGCCUCCAGCACUGCUUUGCUCCUCGGAGACCGCAGCUGGCCUGCCAUUAAACGUAGCCUUGCCUGCAAACCUUGUGCAGUUACCCGUUGCGGGCAGGGGGUCGCUGGAGGUCGUACCGCGUGGAGGGCUGGGCAGGAGGUCCCUUGGGUUAAGAGCCCCCCCAGGCUGUUGCGGAGGGCUGGGCCAUUCAUGCCAUCUCGUCUCUUCCUCUGCAUUGCCGAGACCUUCCCGUCUGUCCUGGUCAAACUUCCCAGCUGCUCUGGGCGGGCUCUGGCCAAGCUCUUCCAGGGCUCCCGUGUAAGAAGCCACCGAGGCCCCGGCCUGCUCCUGCUCAGAGGGGAUGAGAGAUUUGAGUUAGCAGCGGCCAGAAAACCUGUUCCUCACUGAGCCUGCAAGGCUGCCUUUACCUCUUGAUCCCAAAGUGGGAGUCCUUGUUCAGCCCAGUUUUGUUCUCUUGAACUGCUGGCCAAACUAGUUUGGCUUUGGAUCAACUUUGCUCCAAAGGCCCCCAGGCCCUCCCCAGCAAGGAACAGGAGACCGCUUUCAUCUUACUGAGAUGGCUCUCCCAUUGCAGCCCCUCUAGUCGCGGGACUGGAAUCCACCGGUCAGCCGUCAGUGACCAAGACCCAGGGCAGGGUGACUCCAGUGUGUGAAUCAAGAGGGUCCUUAGAACGACCUCCCUGUGGGAAAGCCUGGCGCAGAAGGCGCUCGAGUACCCUUGGGCCGAUUGGUGGGGUCUUUCAGCCCCAAGAACGAGCGCAUAGGCAGAGGUGAGGGGGAACCGCUGGGCAGACCAGGGUGGUCCUGUGUCAGUUCUCUCAGGGACUUUGUUGUUCUGAAGUUUAGUUUGGCUGUUUGUGGAUGGAGGCACUAAUUGCAGGUGGGUUGAGACCAGGGGGCUCCCAAAGUUGGCAACUUUAAGACUUGUGGACUUCAACUCCCAGAAUUCCCCAGCCAUUAUGCUACACUUGUCAACUUUGGAGAGCCGUAAUGUAGACUGAAGUGGGCGUUUGCACCCUGUCUUGAUGUGGGGCAGAUCGUUCUGUCCUCCUCUUGAAGUUUCCCAAGCCCCAUGGAAUGAGCUUGGAGCCUGCGGAGGUUCUGCCGUCUGUGGAUCUGGUUGUACUCCCACUGGUCUUCCUCAGGAGCGUGUGUGCACGCGUGGAUGUACUUAUUUUGAACAAAUAGAAGCGGCUGAUCAAGAAAGGCUACCCAGCGUUUUUCUACCUUUUAAAAUAAAUUGGGUGAAUCUGUCCAUAGGAAAACAUCUUUUGCUCCCAGUCCAGCUCUAUUAAGUGGCGGUUUUCCACAAGAGUCUGGAGCUCAGCAUGUCUGGGGCCGGAUUGUGAUCCUGCUCCCAGGUAGCUGCACUGCUUGUGUGCGAGUGUUUAUUUUAGGAAGACAGAUUACAAACCUCAAGUGUGUCACCCUUUUGCACAAAUGUUGUAAAAUAUGAAGAAAGAAGAGUUGGUUUGUAACAAACUAAAAACAGUGCAAGGUAUUUUGAGAAUGUUGCUUUUAUUUAAAUCCAGUUCUUUUUAAUUUUAGAACAUAGCUACUGCCUUGAAAUACACCCCCCCCCCUUCUCAAUAAAGGGCUGGACCCAGACAGGAUCAUAAGUGUGGAGCUGUUCUGGAUGCUGGUUCACCCCGUUUCCUUCCUGAUUUUCCGUUGGGGAUUAUGCAGUGUGGACCUGUGGCUGCCACUGUGGGCCUUCCAGAGAGAGGUUUCAAAUUGCCCUCUUGGAGGAGGGGUGCAGCCUCCCCCCACUUCUGGUGCCCUCCCACCCACUGGAAUCCAGGAGUGGCCAGUCCCAAGGAGCCUGGCAGCAGCUGCCCGUGGCUUCCCACAACCUUCAAUGCGCAAACUGGGGCUUUAAAAUGCACAGGCCCCUCCCUCGCACAUUGUGCCGUUGCUCAGGUCACCUGGAGGCCCUUCCUUGGAAGCCAUCGGUUCUCUUCUCUCCCCAUGCCCUGCACCCUGCAUGCGUCUUUUCCCAGGAGAGACUUUUGCCGAGGAAAUCAAUAAAUUAUUUUGCUCUUGGAUCACUUAGUAUUUUUUUAGUUACGGCCCGUUCUUCACACUGGAAAUUCAGGAAUACAGGAAAUAAAGUUGAAAAACUGGUUGAA